AUGAGUUGGAACGCGCCGCAAAAGAUCGAAAGAGGCAGCAUGAGCAUUCCACGCGUGGAUGAGUUUGUGUUUCGCGGGCUGAGAAUAACCUUGAAUAAUGAUGGGGUUCAGCUGGAUCAACACAAGUGGUUGGCGCAAGAGCUGCAGAGACGUGGGCUGUCACAAGUCAGCGGCUCUCCGUCUUUGCCUAGCUUGGACGAUGCACCUCAGGAGCCCGCAGAGAAGAACGAACUGUAUAAGGAGCAGCUGCGCGCGUGCCAGAGUGACAUUGGAAGCUUGAUGUGGGCGGCGAUGCGUGCAAGGCCGGACAUUCAGGCGCUGGUGUCAAUGUGUGCGUGUCUUUGCGUGAUCUGUCCGGCGUAUGUGCUGCAGAAGCUCAAAGCAGUUUGGAAGUACGCGCGCAAGACGCUUUGGUUGUCUCUUCAGUACGUGGGUUCCAGAUCGACGGUUAUCACCUCGUACAGCGAUUGCAGUUUUGCGGCACAAGGAAGUCGCUCGCGCACAGGCGUCGUGCUGAAGAUUGGAGUGGACAUUGUGUCGUGGCGAUCCGUGCGCCAGGAGCUUACGGCCUGGCCGGACGCUUUACACUUGAAGAACGUUGUGGACCAGCUCACAGGUUUGAAGCAUUCCAUAGAGAUGGUGUGUGACAACUCGAGUGCUGUGACCUUGAUUGCAGGACCGACUUUCAAUCGGGUCACAUGGCGUACACGGCAUUUUGCUUUGAGGGCGAGCUGGAUCAGGGACCAGAUUGCAACGCAGCCCGUCACCAUCCGACACGAGGCCGGGGAGACACUGGUCGCAGACGCGCUGACCAAGGUGUUGGCCAGGACCAGGCUGCAGUACAUGCGUGAACUGAUGAGGUUGCGAUGA